GAAAACCUGGGAGGCUUGUGGGAACCUCAGGAGCCCACCCAGACCACUGCCCAUGGGGGAGAAGCAUGGAGGGAACCACUGGACCUGGCUCAACAAGGGAGAUGAGGCCGAAAUGGAGAUCUUUGGCUACAAGACCCAAGGCUUCCGGAGGGCCCUGUGCCUGGUUGGGUCCAUCCUGUCCUGCGGAGGCCUCCUGCUUCUCUUCCACUGGAAACCGGAGUGGGAUGUGCGGGCGAACUGCCUGCCCUGCAGCUUGGAGGAGGCCGAUGUGGUGCUGCUCAGAACUACAGAUGAAUUUCAGAUUUUCACCCAGAAAAAGGUGACCUGGAUCCCUCUGUCUGCCCAGUCGAACCCCAGCUCUCUUGCCAUGGAUGAUGAAGGGUCACCCCUGAACAGGGUCAUUGUGAAACCAGAGUUCAAGGUGCGGUCCAUCCAAGUGCAGAGGAUCCGGUAUGCCUGGGACUUUUCUGCUCAAGAGUUCCGGAAAGUUGGGGUCCUUGAGGACAGUUACAGCUGCGUGGAGAUCCAUGUCAAGUUUGGGACAGGGCUGACCAGCCCAGAGCAAGAGCUCAGGAGAGAAAUCUGUGGUCCCAACACCAUUGACAUUGAAGUCACACCUAUCUGGAAGCUGCUCAUCAAAGAGGUGCUCCACCCGUUUUACAUCUUCCAAGCCUUCAGCGUCUGCCUGUGGUUUGCAGAGGACUACACUGAAUACUCCGUGGCCAUAAUCAUCAUGUCCCUCCUUUCCAUUUCACUCACUGUAUAUGAUCUCAGAAAGCAAUCGGUGAAGUUGCACCAGCUGGUGGAAUCCCACAACAGUGUCCUGGUCAAGGUGUGCAGGAAACAGACAGGCAUUCAGGAGGUGGAAUCACGCCAUUUGGUGCCCGGAGACACUCUGAUUCUGGACGAGGGCAAAAGCCUGUUGCCCUGCGAUGCCAUCCUGGUCAGCGGCCAGUGCAUUGUGAAUGAAGGCAUGUUAACGGGGGAGAGCAUUCCGGUCACAAAGACCAGCUUGCCCCAGGACAGCAAGGGCGCCCAGCCGUGGCAUCUCAGCUCAUCUGAGGACAGCAAGAGGCACCUUCUUUUAUGCGGGACAGAAGUCAUCCAGGCCAGGGGAGACGACAGUGGGCCAGCGAGGGCCGUCGUGCUGCGGACUGGUUUCAACACAGCCAAGGGAGACCUGGUGAGGUCCAUCCUUUACCCCAAGCCUAUGAACUUCCGGCUCUACAGGGACGCCAUGCAGUUUCUCUUGUGUCUCGUAGUGGUGGCUGGCAUUGGGAUGGUCUACACUGUCUGUGUCUUUGCAAUCAAUGGGCAAGAGGCAGGAGAGGUGGUGAAGAAAGCCCUGGAUGUCAUCACAAUUGCAGUACCUCCGGCUCUGCCUGCUGCACUGACCACAGGGAUCAUCUACACCCAGAAGAGGUUGAAGAAAAAAGGGAUUUUUUGCAUCAGCCCCCAGAGGAUUAAUGUGUGUGGCCAGUUGAACCUCAUCUGCUUCGACAAGACUGGCACACUAACUGAAGAUGGGCUGGACCUCUGGGGAAUUGUCUUGGCUGAAGGAAAGAGCUUCCAGGAGGUCCAUCGCUUCUCUUCGGGCCGCACGAUGCCCUGGAGCCCAGUGUAUGCAGCCAUGGCCAGCUGCCAUUCCUUGAUGGUCCUGGAUGGGAAGAUUCAGGGAGAUCCGCUGGACCUCAAGAUGUUUGAGGCAACUCACUGGGAAUUUGUGGACUCCGCUGAUAGAGAAGGAGGACCAGCAUUCGCUGUGAUGGUCCGACCAGGAUCUGAAGCUGCAGAGGUGCCCUUGGAGGCGAUGGCCGUCUUGCGGCAGUUCCCGUUCUCUUCGGCCCUGCAGCGGAUGACCGUGGUUGCCCAGGAGCUCCCCGGGGACUGCCAGGUCUUCAUGAAGGGCGCGCCAGAGAUGGUGGCCAGUUUUUGCAGGCCAGAGACAGUGCCCCCCAGCUUCGCUGGCGAACUCCAGAGCUACACUUCCCAGGGCUUCCGGGUCAUUGCCCUGGCACACAAGCGCCUGCAGGAAGGACAGGCAGCAGCUGCUCUGGCAAGGGAGGAGCUGGAGUCUGGCCUGGCCUUGCUGGGCCUGCUGGUCAUGGAGAACCGCCUGAAGAGCGAGACCAGGCCUGUCCUGGAGGAGCUCCACAGGGCCCGCAUCCGGAGCGUGAUGGUCACAGGUGACAACCUCCAGACCGCCAUCACUGUGGCCAGGAACGCAGGCAUGGUCCCCCAGGGCAGCCAGGUAAUUCUGGCUGAGGCCAGUGCCAGGCCAGGCCAGCCCAUGGCCUCUAUCAGCUGGCAAGUGCUGGAGGAGGCUGGACUGGGAGGCGGCGGCGGAGUGGAGCCUGGGGGAAAGACCCCGCCUGCGUGGGGCCGCGGAUACCACUUCUGCCUGAGCGGGAGCUCCUACGAGGUCUUCAGCCAGCACUUCGGGCACCUCCUCCCGCAGCUUCUCCUGAACGGGACGGUCUUCGCCAGGAUGUCUCCUGCUCAGAAGGCCCACCUGGUGCAGCAGUUCCAGCGGCUUGACUACUACGUGGGCAUGUGUGGAGACGGGGCCAAUGACUGUGGGGCCCUGAAGGAGGCCCAUGCGGGGAUCUCCCUCUCCGAGCAGGAUGCUUCGGUGGCUUCCCCCUUCACGUCCAAGAUCCCCACCAUCGAGUGCGUGCCGGAGCUGAUCAGGCAUGGCCGGGCUGCCCUGGUCACCUCCUUCUGCAUGUUCAAGUACAUGGCCCUCUACAGCCUUGCCUCCUACAUCGGUGUCCUCCUGCUCUACUGGCAACUCAGCUCCUUUGGGAAUUACCAGUUUCUCUUCCAAGAUCUGGCCAUCACCACCAUCAUUGGGAUGACAAUGAGCCUGAACGGGCCUCACACCAGGCUGGUGCCCUAUCGGCCCCCCACGCAGCUGAUCGCCCCGCCACUGCUGCUCUCCGUGGUGCUGAACCUCCUGUUCAGCCUGGUGGUACAGGUCUGCGGCUUCCUGCUGGUGCAGCAACAAGUCUGGUACUCCCCCACUGACAUCCACAGAGGCUGCUCCCCAGAGAACAGCACUCGUGGGGGGCUGCCGGAGCCAGUCAACAGCAGCGUGGGCAGAAGCACCCCCUCUGGGAACCGAGCUCCCCUGCCAAGGGAGAGCUUCCAGAGCUAUGAGAACACCAGCGUGUGGCUCCUGUGCACCAUCAACUGCCUGAUGGUGGCCCUGGUCUUCUCCAAGGGAAAGCCCUUCAGGGAGCCGGUCUACAAAAACUACGUCUUCGUCGUGGUCUUGAUGGUGCAGCUGGCGGUUUGCCUCUUCUUCCUCUUUGCCAACCUCGAUGGACUCUAUGCCCAGAUGGAUCUGGUGUGCACUCCCACCCUGUGGAGGGUCUGGCUUCUUGGCCUGCUGCUGAUCACCUUCAUCGUCUCGUUCACCGUCGAGGAGGUGCUGAUUGAGAACCGGGCACUCUGGAAGUGGGUCAAGAGAUGUGUGGGGUACCAAUCCAGCAGCCGCUACAAGCAGCUCCGGCGGGCCCUGGAGCGGGACUCGGCGUGGCCUCCCCAGGAUGGGACGGACUUCUUGGGCUCCACCGCGGUCCACGUCGAAGGGCCGGGGGCGACCUACCGCAACCCAGCGUUUGUGAGCCACGAGCAGCCAUCCCAGGACAGCUGAGGCCUCCUUGCUGGCAGCACGGGCAGGCCUGACCUGGGGGGACCUGGGCCCAGACGCCCUUUUGCACCUGCCCUGUCGAUCUCGGGGUGCAAUGGAGAGCAUCAGGGAGGGGCUGCUGUUCACUCUCCCCCGUGGGGGUCAAUAGCUGGGGGGCAGGAAGGGUGGAGGGAGGGAAGUGCCAGUGGGAGCCUGGAAAGAGCUGGGGGGGGGGGCAGGGAGUCUACCUGCCUUGUUGGAGGGACUGUGUGGAUGCUCCAAAAGGACAGGUGAUUGGAUGUAGGAACGGGGCCCUAUGUCUGAGAUACCACCCUGUUAAGCCACAACGGGCAAAGUCCAAGGACGCCCCGAAUCCCAGGUGUUGGGGUGGGGGUGGGCUUGCUCCAGAAUGUUCUGCUAGGCAGCCCUGGGCCACAGGGACACUGUGUCUCCAAGGUGCUGGAAGGUGUCGCAGCUGCUCCAGAUGUCUUCCACCCUUGGAAGGCUUUCCUCCCCUGGUUGCCCUCCACAGGCCUUGGGCUGCCAAUCCCCUUGUGCCCAGCCAGCUGGCCCUGAAGACUGCUGUGCAGAUAAUAGCUGGGCCCCCACAGCAUGCAGAAGAGUUCUAUGGCGAAGGC